UUGUUUGUUUGUUUGUUUCAGUGCCGAGACUUAGUACAGGCUGGUGCAAGCGUGGGUGGUACUGUGAACGAGGUGGUAGCAGCGUGUGACAUCACCUUUGGCUGUGUGGCCGACCCUAAUGCUGUCAGAGAUCUUGUGUUUGGGACCAGUGGAGUUCUACAGAGCAUCAGGCCUGGGAAGGCGUAUGUUGAGAUGUCCACCAUUGAUGUAGAGACAGUACAAGAUGUAGCUGAGAGUAUUGAGUCGCGUGGAGGCCGGUUCCUGGAGGCUCCCGUCAUUGGCACCAGAAAACCCGCGGAGGACGGGAUGCUGGUCAUCGUUGCCGGGGGUGACAGAUCACUCUUCGAUGACUGCGAGUCCUGCUUCCUGGCCAUGGGCAAAAAGGCCUUCUAUUUAGGAGAGAUCGGGAGCGGGACCAGGAUGAAGCUCGUGGCCAACAUGGUGCUGGGAAGCGUCAUGGCGGGUUAUGCUGAGGGCAUGUCGCUGGCGGAGAGGGCGGGGCUGGAUCUUCAGACAGUCCUGGACGUCUUUAAGGAGGGGCCUCUCAACUGUGCCGCCGUCAGAUCCAAGGGUGACGCCAUCCUCCACAGCAGGUUUGAGCCGUCCUUCCCCCUCAAACACCAGCAGAAGGACAUGCGGCUGGCGCUGGCGCUCGGCGACGAGCUCAAACAGUCUCUCCCUGUGGCUGCAGCUGCAAACGAGAUGUUCAAGAGGGCGAUCUCUCUGGGGAAUGGAGACAACGACAUGUCUUCAGUCUACAGAGCCACAGCCUUGUGAGCGAUGCUUGGCAGACCUUCUGCGACCAAAUUCUAUCACUUGCCUCAACGGAGAGAUAAAAAACGAUUGGGCAGCAUAGAAGGAGACAAUAUUCAUCUCACACAUCCUAAUCCUCUUCUUAACCUGGCAAACUUUUGGGCAGCUUUUCUGUUACCUUCCUCGAGGACUAUUGAAGUCUGCAACAUCUCAGAUCAUUUUUUUAAAUAUGUUUUCUCUAAUAUGUUUAUUGCCCAUAUCUUUACAGCACAUAAACACAUUGCAAGGGUAACAAUAGCUCCCUGGGACAUUUUUUUACAGGGGUAUUUCAUCCCCCUCCCCUGGAUUUUCUGUACUAUAGUUCAUUUCCUAGGACUUCUGUGCAUUGAUAUCUUCCCUGGGAACUUUUGAGACUGUAGACUUCUUGCCACAUUUGAGACUGUACGCUUCUUGCGACUGUAAGCUACCCUCUAAUGACUAGAAGUACAUGUAGCAGUGUUCAUGAGUCCCUGAGGAAGGUAGCACGCAGGUUCCCCAAACAUAGCCCAGGAAAGAAGAGACUUAGACCUAAUUUAAACUCGGGCAAAAACCUGACAGAAUGAAACUUGCAUACACACACAAGCAUAUGAAAACUGCGUACAUCAAAUUUUUCCUGCUUGUAAAUCGGCCUGCUUUAACAUACUUAAAGAACAAACUGUACCUUAUCUCAAGGUCUGGUGGAUGAGCAGAAUGUACAUUCUUGAUGUGUGUGAAAGCAGGCUGAUUUACACAGGAAAAAUUUGACGUUCACAGUUGUCCUACACUUGUGUGCGUACACAGAUUUCGUAUUGUCAGCUUUUUGCCUAGACAUGUUUUUUUACAUGUAAAUCGUGUCCUUGGUUGUGUGGAUUGUCUUUUCCUGAUGACAGGUACCAACCAGUUGAGGCUAUUCACAGAUGAGACAGAGGUCUGGAGACAAACUUGCAGCAGAUAACAAGGGACCGUUGUAUAUUCCAAUAUAAAGUACGACAGAACAACUUGUGUAAGUUUUUUUGUUUUUUAACAGGAUCUUUGCGAAUUUCCAUCUAGAUAGUGACUUGUUCUACAGGAAUAGUAGUAUUCUCAAGAAUGAGGGCACAAGUGCAGCCUGUGAUUCUUCUCGUUAUAUUCCUACUAGUACUACUAGUACUUAUGUUUUUGUAGAAACUUGUUAGCCUCCACCAGGCCUUUCUAAGGUGUUACAGAUAGUAAAUUUUAGCAAAGAUGGGGUGAAUAAUUGGCAAGGAGAGUGAGACCACAGUAAGGAUACAUAUGUAACAUUUUACCUUAGAAUGCAGCAAAUGCAUGGGAAAAUGACAGACUAUGGUGGGCUAACUCCCCCGGCAAGUUAUUUUCUCUGUGAUACUAAAUUUUACUAUGUUUCACCCAGCCUAAUCGGUCUGGUGGAGGCUAGAAAUGUGUAAGGCACAUCUGUGGUUUCAUUGUUGUACAACUCUGUACAGUAUGAUGGUGGAACGUUGGCCGGAGUGAUCCCUUGGGUUUUGGAAGACUGUUAGGC